AUUAUUCCUAUCCUUCAAAAUGGUUGAAGUAUAUCCAUGUAUGAAAGAGUGAAAGAGAUGACUUUGGCUCGCUUGAGCAUGACUGUUUGAUUAGUUAACCUUGAAAGGCAGGUUUGAAAUUGGUCGACUUGCAUAGCCAUCAAGGCAUCGAGUAGCAAAGGGCCUUGAGAUUGACAACGAAUUCUGGCUCUCUUUGUCAUCGCUUCUGUGGAAAUGCUUAAUUAUUCAGUGCUAUACACUGCCAAGCUGCGCCCUGUUCUGUUUGUGGUCGGCAGUAUGUUUGCAGUUAAAGAGGUGAGUAAGACAGGAAGAAGGGAAUCUCUAGUGAUUCUUGAGAAAAGAAACAAAAUAUUGUUGGCUGGAAACCAAAAUUGAGAAUACACAUUAUAUAUAUCCAGCCAGUUACUCCUGCUUCAUUGCCCUGCUGACGCCCAGGUGGUGGUGAGGCCUGGGACUACUGCUUGAAGUGUAAGGAUCACGGAAGAAAAUACUCCAGAAAAAGGAGGACGCCGGUAGUCUUCGAGUUAGACGAACUAACCAUCAACAGUCUCGCCGAGGGUUAGGGGAACGAAAAUGAGAGGAGAUCAGCGUUGCCCACCUCUUCUCUUCCUCCCUUCUAACUAGAAAACUGUUCAGUAUUCACUCGAGCAGAACAACAAAAAAAUGAGGUCUCUCCUUGUGCGCAAGAAUAGUUUGAAGAGAUUGUUCUCGUUCGGCCGCCGCUCUGCGGAUGACGAUAGCCCCAAGGAGGACGGGCUGCCGGAAACCGAGGCUUCAAAACCGACUGAGAUUUUCCCCCACAUAGAACCGCUGACCAAACCAGCAUGGAGGUGUUUCUCUUAUGAAGAAGUCUUCGAGGCCACAAAUGGGUUUCAUUCCGAUAAUCUGGUUGGACAAGGAGGGUAUGCGGAGGUGUACAGGGGAGUCCUGAAAGAAGGGCAAGUCAUAGCUGUGAAGAGGCUUACCAGAGCUGCAACGGAUGAGCAGAGAGAGAAGGAAUUUUUGACAGAGCUUGGAACCAUUGGCCACGUAUGUCAUCCCAAUAUUUCGUGCCUAAUUGGUUGCUGCAUCGACAACGGCCUCCACUUGAUAUUCGAGUUCUCUGCUCAUGGUUGUGUGGCUUCUCGUUUACAUGAUGAAGAUUCACCGCCUAUGGAGUGGAAAGUUAGGCACAAAAUCGCCAUGGGUGUUGCCCGUGGACUUCAUUAUCUGCAUAAAGGAUGCCAGAGAAGGAUAAUUCACAGGGAUAUCAAAGCAUCCAAUGUGCUUCUUACUGCAGAUUUCGAGCCGCAGAUUUCUGACUUUGGGCUUGCAAAGUGGCUACCAUCUCAGUGGAGUCAUCACUCUGUAACUCCAAUUGAAGGAACUUUCGGGUAUUUGGCACCGGAGUAUUUCACUAAUGGCAUUGUCGAUGAGAAGACCGACGUCUUUGCUUAUGGUGUUCUUCUUUUGGAGCUAAUCUCCAGCCGAAAACCCGUCGAUGGGUCUCACCAAAAUUUACUUUCAUGGGCCAAACCGCAUCUGGAACAAGGGUGCUUUGAGAAGCUAGCGGAUCCAAGACUUGAAGGCCAAUACGAUGAGCAGCAACUACAAAGGCUAGCGUCGGCUGCAUCUUAUUGUAUCAGAUCCUCAGCAAUUUGGCGCCCUUCCAUGAGCGAGAUACUGGAGUUGUUGGUGGACGGCCAAAUCCGGGAUUGUUGGACGAUGCCGGCACAGGAGGAAGAUGAUGACUUCUGGGGCUUCGAUGAUCUCGAAUUUGACGACCUGGACGGCGACAGCCCCUUGUUGACGCCUCCUCGCACAUCAACCAGCAGUUUUAGAUAAAAAAAAAAAAAAUUGCCCGACGGCUCUCGACGCCCUCUGUUAUUUGUAAAUACAUCCAAGGCCAUCGACCGUUCAAUCUUCUUCCGACCAGUUGCUUGGUCAUGGAUCCAAAUGAUCGAAGUUACCUGCAUCGGUCAUGUAGGAACAGUGGAGUUCAAGAACUUGGUCGCGUUUUUGCGUGAUCCCAACUGUACCUCCACGUUGAAAAGCCAAUAACACCACUUCUCGAGAUCCUUUUUCCGUUUU